UGCUGGAGAUCCUGCAGCUGGUGAAGCGGCGCGACCUCCUAUUGGCCGACAGUCACAUCCUGGAGCUGGAGCUGGAGGUCAGCGGGGGGGCGGAGGCGGAGGACGGCGGGCGGAGGAAGGCCAAAGACGUGGAGCUGCUUUACGAAGAGCUGCAGAAAGAGCUGUGGGCCGUGGUGAGGGAGUCGCUGCGCUGCCCCACCGCGGGGCCCAACCUGGGGCUCGUGGUGCAGGUGCUGCAGCAGGAGGAGCAGGUGGACCAGGACUCGCUCCCCGGGGGUCCGAGGCCUCGGGGUCUGAAGCAGCGUUGGGAGGAGGCCGUGAACCAGGCGGCCGACGCCUCGCUGCCCCAGAAACAAGAGUUCACAGCCGGGGAGCUGGGGGCGUUCCUGGACCGGAUCAGAGCCCGAGUGGUGGAGGACCUGGGGGCCGCCAAGAGGAACGUGGUGUCCAUCUACCCCGAGGACUACCAGCCCUUCAUGGUGUACGUGCAGAGUUACCACCAGGCGGUUGCUAGGCGACUGGAGUCCAUCACGGACAACCAGCUGGAGAUCAGCGACGUCUACUCUCUGCUGGACUGGCUGCACAACAUGUACAACAGGGACGUUCUGGGGACCGUGUGCAUUACGAGUCCCUUCAGUCGGUCCCAGCUCAGCCCUCUGCUGCCGACAGAGACCGUGGACCGGCUGGAGCUCGACUGCCUCAACUCUGUCAGGGUGAGACACACAAACAAUGAGUCUCCGUCCUGCUGGUUGGACGGAGCCAUCGCUCACCUCUCAGAGAUCAUCCAGCUGGAGGACGUGCCCUCGAUCCAGAUGGAGGUCGGGGUCCUGGUGCGGGAGUUUCCAGACGUCAGGAAGAAGCAUGUGUCGGCCAUCUUGAACAUCCGGGGCCUGACGCGUCAGUCGGAGCGCCAGGAGAUCCUGAACAUCGUGAAGGACCUGGAGAGCAGCGAGGCGGCGGGCGGUUCGAUACUGACGCGUGAGCGCCUGCUGUUCCACGAGGUGCCGGUCACCUCCGAGGUGCCCUGCCUGAACCUGGGUCUGAGCCGGGUCGCCCUCAGCGCCUCGGCCUGCUUCACCGCUCUGAGGCCGAGGCAGAGGAGAGGCAGGAAGACCAGCCAGGAGACCACAGAGGACGGACUCUGAGAAGAGACCAGGAGGGAAGACCAGGAGGAAAGACCAGGAGCAAAGACCAGGAGGACACAGAGGACGGACUCUGAGAAGAGACCAGGAGGAAAGACCAGGAGGAAAGACCAGGAGGACACAGAGGACGGACUCUGAGAAAGACCAGGAGGACACAGAGGACGGACUCUGAGAAGAGACCAGGAGGAAAGACCAGGAGGACACAGAGGACGGACUCUGAGAAGAGACCAGGAGGAAAGACCAGGAGGAAAGACCAGGAGGACACAGAGGACGGACUCUGAGAGAAGACCAGGAGGACACAGAGGACGGACUCUGAAAUUGAAAACGUUGAAUACAUUUCUGACCUUUUUAGGAUCAUAAACGGCAGUUUGGAGUCCGGAAAACUGCCCAAAUUCAUCAAAUCGGUCCACAGAGAGCACAAACGCAUAUGAAGACAAUAGCGUCUAAAGGACUUGGGCCAUUUUUUGACAGUUUUGAAGUGUUUUUUUUUUGUUGUAGUAAUAGUUUUUAUGUUGAAUCAAUUACAUUUUUAGGAUCAUUUAUGGCAGUUUUGAGUCCCCCGAAAACGUUUAAAUCCACCCAAAAUUAGAAGACAAAGAUUUAGUCUAAACCCCGACGACGCCCUCUGAAACUCAGGGCAGUUUUGAGUGCCAUACUUUUAAUAUGACCCAAAAUGCAUCAAACCAGCCCACAGAGAGCACAGAAAUGUCCACUUUCUGGUUAAAACUGCUAUUUUUGGUCCUGAAAAUGUCAGAAAUGGAUUCAGCCAACCUCCAGAACCCAGACGACGUCCUCUGAAACUCAGGGAGAAAAGAUGAAGAUUAAAGCCAGCAUAGAAACUGCUGGAUACUAACCUGCAGAUAAGAUAAGAAGUACUUUAUUGAUCCCAAUUUGGGAAAUGUUUGUAUGUUGGGACAUGUACACAGUUAGUAGAAACAUAAGUUGAGUUAAUUAGCAUUUAAAGACAACCGCUUCUAAAUGGCUUGGCCGAUUUGGACAUUUGCCCUCCCUGAACCUGGGUCUGAGCCGGGUCGCCCACAGCGCCAGACCAGGAGGAGGACCAGGGGGAACAGCAGGGAGAACCAGGAGAACCAGGAGGAGGUGCUCUGAGGACCAGAACCAGGAGGAGGUGCUCUGAGACUCAGGGAGAAAAGACCAGGGUUGAGAUUAACGCCAGGAGAGUGAACCAGGUUUUUUUUUCGGAUCAAAAUGGCCGUUUUGAGCCAAAUAGAAAAGUCAGAAAAAGUUAUUGCGACAAUAUUAGAAUAGCUCUGAUCAACCAACCAGAGGACGUCCUCUGAAAUUGAGAACGUUGAAUACAUUUUUGACAAAUGUGACAGUCCCCAACGAUGUUUAAAUCAACCCAAAAUGAAU